AAGUUUAGAAAAUUCUAUACAAGUAUUAAGAUUAAUAUCAGUGUGGAAAAGAGGAUUAAGAGAUAAGAAGCCAAUUAAAUCGCUUAAUCUUAACCAAUUAAUUAUAUAUCAUUUCAGGCAUGGUCAUCAGGGAAGGGAGCGCCGCUAGUGCCGCCACCAAUGCUGCCAACAUCCCGCCCCCAGUCAAUGCUGCAGCCGGAGAGGUGAACCAAGAGCAACGGCAAGGAUUCAAAAGAGAGGCAGACCAAUACAUGCCGAUAGCUAAUAUCACCCGCACUAUGCGGCGCGUCCUCCCCGCCCACGCUAGAAUCACCGACGAUGCCAAGGAGGCCAUCCAGGAGUGCGUCUCCGAGUUCAUCAGCUUCAUCACUGUUGAGGCGAACAUGCGGUGCCACCGCGACUAUCGAAAAACCGUCACGCCCGAGGAUGUGCUGGCGGCAAUGAAAUCACUGGGUUUCGAUGACUAUUUGCAGCCCCUCGCCGUUUUUCUCAACAAGUACCGCACACAACAGGACCCCGAGCGCGAUUCUACGAAUCAGCUACUGCAGUUCGUCAGGCGCGACAACAACGCAGCGGUCGGGGGUGGCUUUGUUCAUCAUCAUCAACAACAACAACAACAACAAGGUGCACAGAUGGUGCGGCCGCCGCCACCACCACCAACAGCACCGACAAUGUGGUAUUAUGCCCCCUUGUCGCUGCCGCCAGCUGCUUCAGUGGAAGAUGAGGAAAAAAUUGGCGGGUCACAAAGAUAA